GUUCCAAGGACUUUGAUCUGACAAUGAUGAUAUGUCUGUUACGUAAUAUUGGAGGUUUAUCAAAACCCUCCAAUGGAUGGGAUCAACUUCCGCAUCCGACUGAUACGUCACCGGGGGCGGCUCUUGCUAUCCUGAAGUGGUACAGAAACCAGUUGGCCCAUACAACAGUUUCCUCUAUGGAUAAAAAAGAAUUCACACUCAAAUGGACGAAGGUUGAUAACGCACUGACAUCUUUAAAUAAUGGUCAAAGACCACAACAGGUCACUGAAAUCUUGAGUUACGAUCUUGAUGGAGAACAAGCAAAAACAUUAGCGAAAGAGGAACUGAAGCAACUGACAAAAGAUUAUCUGGAUUGUGAAAAGGAAAAAGAACAGAUAGAAUAUGAAUACACCUACUACAGGGAGAGAAAUCUUCCUAAAAACAUUGAAGAAGCAAAUGCAGCUUUCGUUGAAACAUGGGUAAAAGAUGAUGAAAAUUUUUGUGAGACAAUGGGAUCAAAACUUGUUUAUGAUAAAGUUAAAGAUUGUAACUGUAUUGUGGUAACAUCAAAUUUAGGAUUAGGAAAGACGGCCACAAUCCGACAUAUUGCAUUGAAAUUUCAACUGGAAGGAUUUGAACUUGUCCCCGUAGAAUCCCCGAUUGAUAUAAUCCAAUAUAAAACAAAUAGAAAACAAAUGUUUCUUAUUGAUGAUGUCCUUGGCAAACACAGUUUAAGUCCGACCCUCUUAGGUAAAUGGGAAAGAUUCAACGAUAAGCUAAUGAGUUGUUUAAACACAGAAAAUGGUUCGAAAAAAAUAUUGUGUACACUUAGAUUACAAAUAGCCCUCCAAAAACGAUUUAAAACUGCAUUGACAAUUUUAAACAAAGAAGUCAUAAAUUUAGAGCACGAAUCUAAUGCUCUUUCGAAAGAGGAAAAACAGAUAAUAUUAUUGAAACAUCUACGGAGUAGUACUAUAGAAAAAGAAAUCAAAACAGAGGAGCUAGAGUCAAUGUGUGAAACGAAUUAUGCAUUUCCUCUUCUUUGCAAAUUAAUUUCAACUAAUGAGGAAAGAUUCAAAAAAAGAAUGACAUUUUUUAAGCAACCAUUAUCGCUUCUAAAUGAGGAACUAGAUAAACUAAGGAAUGACGAUAAAACGUUAUAUUGUACUUUGGUAAUAUGUAUGUUGUUUGACGGUUCAUUAAGUAGAAGUAUGCUUGAUAUUGACUCGAAUGAAAGUGAUGAGAAAAUAUACAAAAUAAUGCAAACUUGCGGACUUCAGAACAUGUCUAAGAAGGCACUUGGGGAAAGCGCAUUUUCUGCUUUAGGAUCUUAUCUAACAAAGGACAGUUACAAUUUCAGGUUUAUUCACGAUGCUCUUGAAGAGACUGUGGGUUUUCAUUUUUGCACUUUCAAUCCCAAAGAAAUGUUUGAAGACUGCAAUAUCUUGUUUAUUCGAGAUAGGGUCAGAGUUAAUUCCAAUGUAAACACAGAUGGCAAUUUUGAACAAAAUAUUGUGAUUCUUCGGGAAGAUGAUUUGAAUGAGGAUCAUGUUAAACCAUUAUAUACUAGAUUGCGGACCGAAUUAGAACGGGGAAGAUUUUCGAAUUUGUUAAUGAGUGGCCUUUGUAAAAAUAGAAACUUUGUAGAAAUAUUUGGAAACCAUAUUAAAACAAAUCAGAGAAAAAUGGAAUUGACUGGACCCUUCAUGGGGAAUAGUUCUGAGCGGAAUCAGAGCAACGAUCAAUCUUUUUUAAAAAGAAUUUUCGAUAUUGCAUCAAAAAAUGAAUUCCAAGAUAACAAAGAUGCAAUAAGUCGAGUAAUAGAGGCUUCAACUAAAAGAAGUAAACUGCUGAACUGGAUUGUCGCCUUUGGCUGUUAUGAAUUCUUUACACUUGUCUGGAGCGCGAUAACACAUUCAGAUCGUAAAGGAAUUCUAGGUAGAGAUGAUGAAUACAACACCGAUUUGUCGCCAGGCGUCAAACAAUCUCCCAAACCCUUUUCAAAGUCAUUUUUUCCUUUAUCUGUUCUGGGUGGUAGUUUGGAUAUUGUGAAAACAUUAAUUUCUGAAGCCGCGGAUGUAAACUGCUUUUCAGAAUUUUUCGAAACACCUUUAUAUAUAGCAGUUAAAUCAGGGCGCUAUGAUAUGGUACACUUACUUUUGAACCACGGAGCACAGAUAAACCGACGAUUAUGGUUUGACAUGAAGAUUCCAGUUUUAGUUACUUCAAACAAUUACAGACUAACCAGUUUGAUUCUUCAGUAUGAUUUGAAUCAGACCAAACUUCAUAAAGCAGUCCGACAUAAUGACCUGCAUAUUUUGAGAUCAAAUAUUUCAUCCGAUAUUAUUGAUCAUAAAACGAAGAGCGGAUGGACUGUCCUCCAUUAUGUUGUAUUAUUAGAUAAUUUAGAAGCUUUGAAGGUUUUAUUUGAUGACGGAUUGUCACAAAGUGAUGAUUCUUUUUUUAGCAGAAGACCGACACCGAGUGUAAACUUAGUUGACAAUAACGGACAUACUGCUCUAUAUCUAGCAGUAAUAAACAACAAUAUCGAGAUACUUUCGCUUUUGCUUCGUAAUAAAGCCGACGUCAAUAUUCGUGAUGAUUUUAAUAGACUCCCUUUACAUUACACAACUAGUCAAAGUGUGACACAGUUAUUGCUAACUCAUAAUUCUCAAAACAAGUAUGGAAAAGGACCAAUAUCAGUUUUCAAGACCGCAUGUUUAAAUAUUACUCUACAAACUGCUUUUAAAAAUGUUUGUCGCGAUAGUGUAAACAUGCCAGACAAUGAGGGAAAUACACCCUUACAUUCCGUUAUAAACAGGUACCUCAUAAAAAAGGAAAGCAGUGAUUGUAUAGAAACAUUGUUAGAGAAUGGGGCCAACCCUUGUUUAUUCAAUAACAUGGGCAUUUCAGCUUUAGAGUUAAGUAACUGUUGUGAUACAGAAGGAAGAUACAUAAACAAUAUUGCAAAGUAUAAACAAUCACUUGAUAAGACUCAUAUUGUAUUUGCUUUUGCUACGUUCCUCUUUAUUGCAUUCGCUAUUGGCCUGUUACUGAGUUUUCCAUACCCUUAUAUAAUUAAUACGGAAAACCAGAAUGCCUGUUAUUGCAAUGGACAAGUCACAGAAUCGGACAAUAUUACCUUGAUACAGGUGACGAGAAGCAUAUACGGUAUUAUACUAAUUUUGUUGCCUUUUUUGUUAUUUUCGUUGAUAAUGUAUGACCAUAGGUAUUCAGGUCACCUGCGAUGGUUUUUAAUUUUGUUGUUAAUAGAAUGUGGAUCUUUCGUAUCGAUUGGUGUAUUUGUUUACGUUCACUUCAUAUACAAUUUUAUGUUUACCUUGACUGUAAUAAUUAUUUGUCAUAUGUUAUCUAUAAAGAUAAUGGAAUCUUCAACAUAUGGGAUAUUCAAGAUAUUCAAAGAUAGGAAAAUACUUAAUAUGAAUUGCUCACAGUUGUACGAAUGGUGUGUCCUCUAUGUAUUUCUUUUUAUUUUUGUUGUAGGUUUACUGCCGAUAGUUUUUUAUGUAAAGAUCUUCAAGUAUAAUCUAUAUGCGAUGCCCGAUAUAAAUACGCUGAAAUUAACAGCUUUAAAUUGUACAGAAUUCAGUCCUCUAAAUAUAUCAUGUACUAGUUCUCCCUAUAAUAUUACUUACAAAAGAGAUGUCGAUUUUUCUGUACAGUGUCGUUAUGAUCCCAAUAUUACAAGUUAUAACGGUACAUUUAUAGUAGAAUCAGAAGUUAUAGACUGGUCAGUAAUGGUUCACAUCAAUUUAUUUUGGUUACAUGUUAUAUGUAUGUACUUUUUUAUAUACUGUAUAUCAGUACUUGGUAAGAAGGUAGUCACAUUAACAUCUAAUAAUUUCGUACAUAAACCGAAAAUACAGAUGAUUAAUUAUUCGGUAAUAUUUUUGUUUUUGUAUUUUAUCAUGCUUUCUGUAAUUUAUGUUGACAAAGAAAAUAAGUAA